CGGUUGCAAUAGAGGUCUCACUUGAUAUUUGGCGUGAAGAUUGGCAUUUGUUUCGCUCAUUUCACCAAAUGUGGUCUCAUAUGAAGGCAACCAUUGAUUUGAACGCUAUUUGAGUGAAUUAUUUGUCGCAUAUAUGGCUAAUAGUUGUGAUUAACACACUUUGACACCAAUUGGUUGUGUUUUGUUCGCCGUCAACACAUCUAACACUUCAUACAUUUGCCGACAUUUGAAUUGAAAUCAAAUGUUGUUUUCAUUUUGAUUAUACCUUUUAUUACCACGAAUUGAUCCAAGCUUACACCACGAGAUCACGCGCUCGCAUGUCAUUCAAUUGAUCCAAUUGGUGACACCCAUUGACAACAGCUAUUUGUUUACCAAUCAUUGUCUCAAACUAUUGGUUAUGCAUUGAAAUGGCAGUCAAACAGAGAAAGAUUGCUUUAAUGGGUUUCCGAUCAGUCGGCAAGUCUUCGUUGACCCUCCAGUUCGUUGAGGGACAGUUCGUCGACUCAUACGACCCCACCAUUGAAAACACUUUCGUCAAGAAUGUCAAAGUGAAGGGUCAGGAGUAUAGCCUGCGUUUGGUGGACACCGCCGGUCAGGACGAGUACUCGAUCUUCCCGCAGGCCUACGCCAUCGACAUCCACGGCUAUUGUCUGGUCUAUAGUCAGAAGUCCUUCGAAGUGGUUCGAGUGAUCUACGAGAAGCUCUUAGAUAUGACCGGAAAAGUACAUGUUCCCAUAGUUCUGGUGGCAAACAAAGUAGAUCUUCAUAUGGAGAGGUGUGUGUCCUAUGAAGAGGGCAAACGACUCGCAGACUACAUGAAAGCAGAUUUCGUAGAAGUCAGCGCCAAAGAUAACUCAGCCGUCACCGACUUCUUCCACAAACUGAUUGUUUCGAUCGAAAGGGGAGGCAAAGAGUCAACCGAUAAUACAAACGAAAAGAAAAGUGUUGGCGCUAUCACUGGCCUCCUCUUCAUCGAGUUCUUUGAGAAACUUCUUGCGCUCCCUUUCCAGUCGUAUACCGCUGCCGAUGGCGUGAUGGGUUUGGACAUGAAGAGACACGUGGCAGUGAUGGCCAUUAUCACGACUGUCCGGAAUCGGUAUAAAGAGAAAUAUGGCAGUCGUUUGACAGCCUUUCCAAACACUUGUCGAUCACCGGCUGACAGUGGUGAAUCAAUUGGGGAUCAAUUGGUGAUAUUCUUGGAGUGGAUGGACUCGCGUUCAAAGUACGCAAACCUGCCGUUUGUGGCCAUCGGGGAGAGGGAUGUCUUCGAGACGGACGACAUGCCAGAAGCGGAUCAGUCUGUGGUUCGGGAGCCGCUCUUCGACGCCUCCAUUGAUGUGAUCUCUUGUGGAACUCUGGAAGCGUUCAAUCGAUUCAAUGAUACCAAAAGUGACACCCAUUUAGAGAAGACAACAAACGAGUCUUUACUGGAAAAGUAUAACCGUUUGACUGAUGAGAUCAAGCAAUUGGUUGACUCGACCUCUAAAGAAGACACAAACGACUCAAACAAAGAUUUGUUGUCAAAAGUGGACAAACUAUCGGAACAGUUGCAAGACUUACAAGUUUUACGCUUUGAUAACACAAACACAUUGAAAGAUGUCUUUGAAUCGAUCGACAAACCAAUGGCUAAAUCGGACCCCAAGAGCGACCCAAAUGAUAGUCAACUGAGAUAUAAGUUAUGGUAUAAACCGGAGAAGAAUAACGUGAAUGAGUUGUCGAAAAUCAAUUCGUUGGAGCAGAGGAUUAAAGCCAUUGAAUCGGUUUUGGGCGCAAAUGAGAACAAGUUAUUGCUAUUAAAUAAUCACUUCAAAGACAAAAGUCUUAACGAAACGGUUCACGAGUUGAGUGCAAAAGUCUCUCAAUUCGACCAAAACUCUCUCGAAAGAGUCGAUUCCCGACUCCAUAUGAUUACCGAUAAGUUGUCUCAAAUCGCGGACCGAAAGCAACAGUUUGACGAUUUGGAGAAGAGCUCGAAGAUCAACGAAUUGUCUGAUUUGAUUAAUAAGACUGAGAAGAGUCGGUCAACACUUCCCACUGUUUUGCAACGAUUGGAGGCAUUGAAUGAACUCCAAGAGCAAGCUCUUCAAUUCUCUUCUGGUCUCUCAUAUUUGGAUGCAUUGGAGACACAGAUCUCAGAGUCUAUGAAAACCAAUGAAAAAGAAUUGCAAACUUUGAAGAAGUCUUUUGAGACCAACGCGUUACAGAUCUCCACGUCUGACGUCUCAUCCAAUGCUAUCACUUCUGAUAAUAACGGAUUGACCCGAAAGUAUGGCGUUUUGAUUCCACUGCACCACGACUGGGCUCUAGAUACACUUUUAGUGAUACUUCUAAAUAUGAUACGAACCGACCACAGUCUGACCACAUCCACCGGUUCUGCCGGAGUGAUAGCAAACUUUCCGGUGCCAAACGAGACGACUAAAUCGAGUUCAUUCGCCUCUUUAGUCCUUCCGACAGCUUUUAGAGCGUUGUUAUAG